CAAUUGUCAUAAAACCCAACAAAAAACAGAGAAACCUAGGAGACAACUUUAUAUCUCUCUGAUUAGCUUUGUCCAGUCCAGUCUAAUCCAAUCCAAUGGCCUCUCUCUCAGUUCCCAAGCAGCCAGUCUUCCCCUCUCUACUCCCCACCCGAACUCCCAAACACUACCCAUCUUCCCAAACCCUCCCAAUUGCCUCCAGCUCUUCACAUUCUAAAUUCUAUGGCCUCAAGUUCUCCACUUCUUCCACUCUGCCAAUCCCUUCAUCUUCCUCUGGCAAGAUGUUCAUUUCUGCUAAGGUGGACAAGGGUACGGUUCCACCAGCCUUCACGUUGAAAGAUCAGGAUGGAAAAACUGUGAGCCUCUCCAAAUUUAAGGGAAAGCCUGUGGUUCUCUAUUUCUACCCUGCUGAUGAGAGCCCUAGCUGCACCAAACAGGCUUGUGCUUUCAGAGAUUCUUACGAGAAGUUUAAGAAGGCGGGUGCCGAGGUUGUAGGGAUCAGCGGUGAUGACCCAUCAUCACACAAGGAGUUUGCAAAGAAGAACAGACUUCCGUUCACAUUACUCAGCGAUGAGGGUAACAAGGUGAGGAAAGAAUGGGGAGUGCCGUCGGAUCUGUUUGGGGCAUUGCCAGGGAGACAGACAUAUGUUAUGGACAAGAAUGGGGUGGUUCAACUCAUCUACAACAACCAGUUCCAGCCCGAGAAGCAUAUCGACGAAACUCUCAAGCUACUUCAAAGCCUCUAAAGCUCUCUCCUUUUUAGCUGCCUGAAUUUUCAUUCCUAUUUUCAUGUCCAUUAUAUCUCCACAAAACAGGGUUAGCAAGUAGUAGUUUUUGUAUAAUCAACUACUGUGAUAUUUGGUAGCAAUGAAAAUCAAGUGAGAUGCUAUUUGUAUGUCACUGUGGAAAUUUCAA